AUGCGGGAUAUGUGCCACCCGCAGAAGUCGAUAUGGCCCGAGAAGGAGUUGAAAGCAACGGCGGCGAAGCAUAAAAGUGGUAAGAAGACCAUUAAGGAAGUUGAUGAUAGGAUGCCCGACCUAGAAGAUGACCCUAUCCAGGUCAUUGUGGAGAAAGAUAAACCCGAUGACAUGCCAAAGAUGAAGCAUGACAAACGCGUUGCUAAGCUUGAGGAGAAGACCGUCUUCUUCCCUUUCAAGCUGCGGCUUCCGCCCCUCCUCCAUCCUCCAUCGUCUGCAGAUGGUCUAAAAGCACCGGCCACCAACCCCGUCACUCGCGGCGAAGCCCCGGCCAGUCGAAAGCCACCGCCGGUUCUCGGCGGAGCCCGAUGGAGCCAGCUCCGGAACCUGCCGUCUCUUCGGUGCCGAAGCGGAAGCUCGAUUGCCGGUGUAAGAGCUCAGGUUGCCACUGUUGAAAAAGUGAGCACAGAAGGUGCUCAAAGCGUAGAAUCGCCUGUCGUGAUAGUUACCGGAGCCUCCAGGGGUAUUGGUAAAGCCAUGGCAUUAUCACUGGGUAAAGCAGGUUGCAAGGUUAAUGCUAUUGCUCCAGGGUUCAUUGCAUCUGAUAUGACUGCCAAACUUGGGGAAGAAGUUGAAAAGAAAAUCUUGGAGACAAUUCCGUUAGGAAGGUACGGAAAGCCAGAAGAAGUUGCUGGACUGGUGGAAUUUCUUGCCAUCAACCCUGCAGCCAGUUACAUUACAGGACAGGUCUUCACGAUAGAUGGUGGAAUGGUCAUGUAGAGUAUAAUACCUGCUUUGUUGAAGCCUGAAUAGAACUUCCAAUUGCAGAGCUUAGCCUGCGCAGCAGGGAUUCACAAGUGACCGGUGGUAUGACAAUAGAGCCCAUGUUGAAAACUUAUUUUGCUUAGGAUGGACAAUAAGAGGUUGUUGAGGCAAGUUUUGAGAUUAUUAGCUGCAAUUGAUCACACACAAUCGUCCUUAUGUUUGACAUACUUGUUCAUGAAAUACCAUCGUAAGAUCAUUAUUGGCUCGAUCAGGAAAUUGUGAUUUACAGUGUUGAA